AUGUUCGAUGUGGACUGGCUCAGUCUUGCCGUCCCAAUCGCCUACCUAGGCAUCUUAUUGGGAUCGCUUGCCACAUUCUCCUCCCUCUACCGCAAGCGCAAGUCCCACAAGGCAGCGUCUCUAGAGCCAUGGUUCCCUGCCCACGUUCAGCGCGAUAUCUACUUCUCUCUCCUCCACCUUGAACCCUCUACAACAAAUGAGAAGACCCCCGCCAUUCCCGACUCUAUCUUCAAGGCUUCUCUUCUCCGUCGCGCAGCUGAAGACAUCCGUCGGAUUAUGGCACUGCGCAGCCAGAAGCAAGCUCUCACAACACUCGUACAACGUGGUAGUGUCGGUGAUGAUCUCUGGCAGCGAUUCCAGCGCGCGGAGAAGGAGAUGGAAGACGAGGUCAAGGAUGUGGUUUCAGAGGCAAAUGCAUACGUCCCCGGCUGGGGUCAGACUAUCUUCCAGUCCGCUAACGAAAUGAUGAAUAACGAUAUCUACCGCAAGCGCAUGGACGAUCAACAAAAGAAAUUGGAGGAGGAGCGCGAGUGGUGGAGCAAGAAGAAGACUAGUAUUCAGGAGGGAUUCAUGAAGGAGUUGAAUGAGGGCUCAGUGGCCUCUACCGACGCAGCUAAGACUACCAGCACAGCCAAGUCCUCUGAGGCUGCAUCCACCCCUGCCGCCCCUCUUUCUGUCCAGGGCAGCGAUGAUGAUGCCGUUCUUGUGGAGGCAGAAACCUCGAAUACGCCUGGUUCGCCAAGCGCAAAGAAGAAGAAGGGCAAGGGCAAGAAAUAG